GACAAGCGGACGCUGAGCCCGCCGCCGCCGCUUCCCUCUUUCCCCCGCUCGGCCGCUGCACCAUGAACAGAGGCAGCGGCGCCACGUCGUGCCCUCCGACGGUCCCCGGCGACGGCCACAGCAGCGGGCACGGGCGCAGCGAGUGCCGCCGGGUCUGUAGCAACUGCCGGAAAGUCCUGAGGCAGGAAAAGAAAAUCAGAGUAUCUCUGCCUUUAACAAGAGGACCAAGUGCCUUUAUACCAGAGAAGGAAGUUAUGCAAGCCAAUAGUUUGAAUGAACAUAUGCAUCUGCUUGUGGAAGAAUAUUCUACGUCUGGUCGCCUAGACAACAUCACUCAGGUCAUGAGUUUACACACUCAGUACCUGGAGUCUUUUCUCCGCAGUCAAUUUUACAUGUUGCGUGUGGAUGGUCCUCUUCCUUUGCCCUACCGGCACUACAUAGCCAUCAUGGCUGCUGCCAGGCACCAGUGUUCCUACCUAAUAAAUACACACGUGGAAGAGUUCCUGAAGACUGGAGGGAUACCAGAAUGGCUGAACGGCUUAGAGUACAUUCCUCAAAGACUGAAAAAUCUGAACGAAAUCAACAAGCUGCUUGCACACCGACCUUGGCUGGUUUCCAAAGAGCACAUUCAGAAACUUGUUAAGACAGGGGAAAAUAAUUGGUCUCUUCCUGAACUGGUUCAUGCUGUGGUCCUUUUGGCACAUUAUCACGCUCUGGCAAGUUUUGUCUUUGGUAGCGGCAUCAACCCAGAGAGAGAUUUUGGUACCUCAAACGGCUACCGGCUCAUAUCAGUUAACAACUUCUGCGUCUGUGAUCUCGCCAAUGACAACAUUGAAAAUGCAUCCCUCAAAAGUAACAGCUUUGGGCUCUCCGAUUCAUUAAGUGAGCUGGAGGCCUUGAUGGACAGAAUGAAGAGGCUGCAAGAGGAGGAGGAGGCUUCCCAAGAAGAAAUGGAUACACGUUUUGAGAAAGAAAAAUCAGAGAGCCUACUAGUUGUUGCCGAAGCAUUUGAUGAUGAAUUAGUUUCCACGGCAGAUGUUUCCUGCUAUGUUGAAGACCCUGGAUUUGGUUACAAAGAUUUUGCAAGACGGGGGGAAGAACAUCUUCCAACGUUUCGAGCCCAGGACUACACCUGGGAAAAUCAUGGAUUCUCCCUUGUGAACAGACUGUAUUCUGAUAUUGGACAUCUCCUGGAUGAGAAAUUCCGGAUGGUCUACAACCUCACCUACAAUACCAUGGCCAGCCAUGAAGAUGUUGACACCACAAUGUUAAGAAGAGCUUUAUUUAAUUAUGUUCACUGUAUGUUUGGCAUCAGAUAUGAUGACUAUGAUUAUGGCGAAGUUAAUCAGUUACUUGAACGGAACCUGAAGAUUUACAUUAAGACAGUGACCUGCUACCCAGAGAGAACAACCAAGCGCAUGUACGACAGCUACUGGCGCCAGUUCAAGCACUCAGAAAAGGUCCACGUGAAUCUUCUUCUCAUGGAGGCUCGCAUGCAGGCUGAACUGCUCUAUGCCCUUCGUGCCAUCACCCGUCACUUGACCUGAUGGGCCAAUGCCGUUGUGUGAACCAACUUCCAAACAAGACAAGCAGUAAAAUGCUGCCUGUGGGGUGGCAUCAAGCUAUUGGAUUCCGUAGUGUUGAAAGCUGAAGCUGUGUGCCUGGCAGCUGUCACCGUGCAAUGAUUUCUCGCUCUUCUCUGUCUGUCUAUAUAUUUCUUGAUGCUUAACUUUACUAGCGAUAGCAAACAUAACACUGUGGAACGCUGCUGCUGAAGUGGGUUCCCAUCAAAGUAUUGCUCGCCAGCCCUAACCCGGUUUGCUAUCUCUGAUACUUUGCUGUUUUUUCUUGCGCUCGGAAUUAAAACUUUUAAAGUAUGUCUUUUUGAGGUUCCAGCUGUCCCACCCAGUCUCUCCUGUAGACAGUAUCCCACACGGGAUUGUCUUUCUCUUCUCCCCCACACCUUCCUUUUAGCUCUUUCUGGGAUAUUCACAUGCCAUUUUCCUAAAUACAGUAUAUGCUAUGUUUUAAGCUGAAUUGCUCAGCUCACUUAUUCUUAUGUAACUCCUAGAAAUGUAGUUCUUCAGCCGUAGUUUGGAGGUCAUGUGAAGUGAAUGCAACUAUUGUGUCUGCCUUUUUGAAGAAUAAUGUGAAAGCAGCUGCUGCAAAGCCUGCGGCACGCUACUGAGACACAACAUUGGAACGCUUUUUUUUUCUGAAUGCAGUGGUUCUUCCCAUAACCAUUUCAACUGUACAGGUCCAGGGAUCGCCUUAUUCUCUUUGGCCUGGGAUUGUCUGCUUUUUGCCCCUCCAAGCGCGUGAGGUCCUUUGCAACCCAAGUCAGCAACUCGGUUAACUUGGCAUAUGGGAAUUUUUUACCAAGUCACUUUAUAACGUUUUAAAGCGUUUAACUGGUUCUUAGAUCAGGCAGCCGUGCAGGGUAUGCAAGUGCAACACACGCUGCCUGACCAAAAGGAAAAAAAACUAUGCACAAGUAUGGGGUUGUUGUUGUUGUUUUUCAAAUGGGAAAGUUUGGGCUUGUGCUAAAGCACACCACUGGCGAGUUGAGACCAGCCCUGUUUCUGCUCUUCAGCUUCUCCAAACCUUGUGCAUCUGAAGCACGGAUUCUCUGUGGCUGCUUCCCUGAACGUUUUAUGUGAUGCUGCCUACUGUUGGGUCCAUCUUGCCCAGCAUCACUGGGUUCUGGUUGGCAGUUGUUCCAUUAGAAUCUCAGGUAGGCAUCUUUAGGGUUGUAACGUGAGAUCCCUUGUAACGUGAGAUCCUUUCACUAGAGAUGCCAAGGACCCCUUCUACAAGCAAAGGAAGUGCUUUCCCAUGAAGUUACAGCUUUUUCCACUGCUGUUUCUUUAAAAAAAUACUACUAUAUAAGAGUAAUUACAAUGGUGUUCAAUUCAAGCUUUAGAAAUUUGAUUCCUGUUGUAUUUCCCUGAGUGGUAGUGUCAGAGCAGGGUUUUUUAUAUAUAUAUUUUAAAGCUAUGAAUCAUGUUUCUGUGUGUUGUCAUGAGUGAACAAAGGAAGUGCAAUAUUUGAGCAGAAAGGCAAGUUUUCCCCAAACUUCCUGCUGAACAGUCCUGUUCAGGAUGGCUGGAGAACAGCUGUUUGUUCCUUCCCAAACCUUGUUAUGACCCUUGGCUUGCUUGCCUUGAACGAUCAGCUACUCUUACAUUGCCAAAGCAUCUAUUAAGUAAAACUGGGGUGGAGCACGGAUCCCCCGUACACUUCUGUGGAGCCUCAGUUCCUUCCAAUGGAGACAACAGUGUGAGUUCUAGGGAAGUGAAUGGCAAAUGUGCCACAAUCACUUUGAGUAGGUGGUUCCCAUUGGCAGCUGGCCUUUUUGAAGAAAAGAUGUGAAUUGCCAAAAAAAAAAAAAAGAUCCUGUCUCUGUGGUGCUUGAGCACACUCUUACAGUUUUAGAGCACAAGAUACCAGUGUUUUUAUAGCUUUAAGUGUGUUGUGUUGAAUUUCAGCAAAGUGCCUGAAUACUGACCCACUGAGACAGUGACUUUUCAGUUAGGGGCUCAUUCCAGGGAACGUUAGUCAUAGCUAAGUCCCACUGAAAUCUAAGCUGCUUUGGCCCAACUGUGACUGGCUUGUCAAAGUCGACAACUUGCCCACUGCCUUUGAGCAGACUUAAUCUACCAAUAAAUCUAAGCACUGACCAAGAUUUUGGCAACAAGAUUCAGUUGUGACUAACUUCUGCUGGACUUGUUUUGGUGUAGACUCCUCCCUCACCCACCCACCUACCCCUUUCCUGGCUUAAGACUGACUUCAGUUUGUUUUUCUGUGCUUUGGAAAUGAACGAAGUGGGUUUUCUUUCAUUCUAAACGAGCAGUAGGAAGCAAUAUAGAAUCAUUUUUUAAAAAGUGAAAGAUUUUCAUAAUGGUUUGUUUUAUAAGAGUGAUUUUGAAAGUCUUUCCAUGUUAAAAAAAAAUACAAAAAUAACCAGACCAGGGUUAUUUUGUUGAACUUUGAAAAACUUAAUUCUUUCCCCUUCUAUUGCUGUUGUGUUAGGAUGUUGUUCUUCCACCCCUCUCCCCCUUUUCAGAUGUUGAAAUGAUUGUUCACUUUCCUAUACAGAGUUUUCUUCUGUAUGUCGAACUGUAAGCUAUUUGUGAUAUCAACGUCCUCUGGGGAUACAUUUACACUACAGGUUUCUAUCAGCUGCAUCAACUGCACUGUUGUGGCUUCUCUUAAAGAAAUCUAGAAAUUCUAAUUUGAGAGCAUUUAGAGUUCUCUGUAAAACUAAUUUUAAAAAAAAAUCUAGUGCUUCCCCCAUCCCCAUCCACCCUAAGCAUUAUCUCCCUCUUGGUGGUACACUUUCUGCAGUUCUGCCCUUAGGAAGGAAUUCGGUUGAAUGGAGACAGCUGUUAAAUUAGACAUGCACUGUGGCAAGAGGGGGGACCAUUCUGUGGGGGAGGCACCGACCACAUACCAACCUAAGCUAAGUUGGCUGCUGCUUGACAAACUUUUCCAGUCCUCCCUCCUUGCAGGUGCAGAUGGCACAGGAAUUUCAUAUUCAAGGAGAGAAGUCAGCUGGUUGUUUUGCUGUGGUAAAAGUCGGGCCCGUGUUCUUCUCUCAGCGUAGGAUUGCUGUGUCCAGAAUCACACUGAACCAGUGGAAGAGUUGAGCACACUUGCAGGAGUCAGUGGCAUUUUUAGUUUUGAGUGGGGUCUGGCUUUGAACUAGAGCCAUGAUGGAGAUGGAGAAGAAGCUGGUGAGGUCUGGUCUCCAGCCACAGAGCAGCAGAGUAACUGCUGGAGACCAAAGGGAGGCAGAAGAGGGGACUGAUGCCUUUUCCUGCAUCUCUCUCUUCUGUGCUCUGUAUCCUCAGUCAAAUUCUCUCCUCUUUGUCGCUAGACAAGAAGGGACAUCGGGAGGAACAGCAAGUGGUGGAAGGUUGAGGCAUCCUUUGUCCUACUACUCUACAGAUAAUCUGGUCUGUCUUAACAGGAAUGGUUACAUAUGUGAUCUGGUUCGUGUUUUGGAUUAUAAGAGCUUUAAUUUUUCUUUCAGGGGCAGGUGGGAUUUUUUUCUUUUUAAUAGAAGCUGGUGUUCUAAAUGCAGAAGCAGUAACAUCUUUCCUUGUAAAAGUUUCCUUUUAUUACAACGGAAGAGUAAUCUCGCCAAGAGGUAAAUACUGUAGGCUUUACAUUUCUAAGACUGUUUACUUUUUCUUUCCUUGGUGAAAUAUCUAACUUCUGGAUUCAUUAGUGGAAGCAAAGACUUGAUUUCACUUGGUGCAUUUGGCGUUCGAGGUUGGAGCCUACUCUUUGAGAAUUAGGGUUUUUCCUUAGAAAUACGAUGUCAAGCCUAAAUGUUACAAAACGUUUUCAAGGUCGUAAGUUAAGACUUGUAUGACUCGGUCAAGUAGAGUGGUUAGAUUUAUAUACUUAAAUAAGUUGGAGUUAUGUCUGUUUUUACAUGCUGAAUGUUCAGAAUAGACAUCCAUUUUUACUUUUUUUUUAAUCUGAUUUAUCGCUUAAGCUCACACAUGUGCCAAACUGUAAAUAUGCGGAAAAAAGGGGGGGGGAGCACAUGUGAAAGAAUCAACUUUUAUGCAUUAAAAUGUAAUACAAUUGUUUGUUGCAUAGGCAGUUUUCUGUUUUGCUUCUGUUACUGUGGCUUUAGUCGUCAGCAGCUGGUGGCCCAAGGACCAAUAUCUGUCCCAUUAUCAGCCAAGGGGAAGGGCAAGUCAGACUGUCACUAGCAACAUCACUCUGGAGAGGAGGGUUGGGGAACCUAUGGCCCUCCAGAUGUUUAUGGACUACAGUUUGCAGCAUUGUGCACGGCUGGCCAUGUAGCUGGAGUUAGAAGUAGCAUCUGAACAACAUCUGGAGAUUCAGACGUUUUCCUCCCUUGUUGUAGAUCUGGGCAGUACAGUAACCUUCCCCAAAUGUGGGGAGGGGAGAAGUUGGGGCUUUGGCUCUAGAUAGGACAUAACGAGGCCCUUAAGCAUUUGCUCAUUUGUUCUGCUGCACUCUUUGGGCAAGAUCUAAAUUGGGCUACUUCAGAAUUUCUCCCCCCCACCUCAGUUUUUAUAAGCUAUACUGAGUUUAUUUGGGGAGGGGGAGAGGUAGGUUCACAAUUGCAGUUGGCCAAGAAAGAAUAUUUGAGAAAGAGGAAAGAAUUAUAACUUGAAUUUUUAAUUCCCAGGCAUAGGAAAUGCUUAUAUGUGGCAAAACCCAGGUACUAAUCCCGGGCAAGAGUUGAGACAAAAUGGAAUGCAAACUCAGCUGCACAAAAGACCUCUUCAGGCUUACUUGGAAGUAACUUCCCCUGCCUAAGCAGGCAUAGGACUGCAGCCCAGAUCCAGUUGUGAUUUUGAGGACAGGGAUGGUGGUGGAAGGGUGCUUGUUUUUUUCCAGCAUCUGUUUUAUUCUUGUUCUCUAGUGAGAUUACUAUCUGGGGAGCUGUGAUGAAAAUUAUCUGUACAGGAAACAGGAUAUAUUCAUAGGCUAAAAGGAAGCAGCUAACCUCUGCAUUAUGAGAACCCAGAUUCUGCAACUGAAACAAGAUGUUCUAAUUCCAUACCUACAUUAAAUAAUGGGCUUCAUUGGACUGCUUUGAUCUUGGGACAGCUGGUACAUCACAUCAGAGGAGAUGCCAAGUUCCAAACUGAACUCUCUGGUGACCUGAAUGUAGCCACGUAGAUUUCCAGACCUCUUGCAUAUUUCUAUUCCACAACUAGACUCAGCUUCCGCUUUGAAAGACUGGAGGACACUCCUGGUUGUUACUGGGCAUCAGACCCACUCAUUCCUCCUGCUGUCUAGGGAAUUCUGGGAGUUGAAGUCCACACACCUUAAAGUUGCCAAGGUUGAAAAACACUGGUCUGUGGAGUGAGGCCAUUUAUAAUCAAAUAAGAUCAAAUAAUAAAUAUUUCUUUAAACCAGCCAAUCACAGUUGGAACACUUCCAUUUGCAAGAAUGAACAAAUUUGCUUUGCAGUGCCAUUUGGUUUUUCAAGUUUUUUUGUAGAAUGGAGGGGGGGUCAUUUUAAUGUAGUGGCUUAUAUAUGCUUUUUUUUUCCCUACAUACAUAAAGAGGCUAGUAGGACUGCUUUUAAAAAGCAUAAAUGCAGGAGAGAUUUAGAUGGAUAUGACUUUUGAUUCAAGAUCUUUUUUUCAAGGACACAGAAAUUUUUAGACUUAUCCUUUGAGCUGAAAAGGGGAAUCCCAGGAAUUCUUUGCUAUCUGUGAACACCAAACAAAUUCAAAGCAAAGUUGCUCAUGAGCUUUUCUGAAGUGCUGUUGCUCAGGUGUCCUUUGAUCAUAAAAGGUGCAGCCUGCUUUCAAAGUGCACACAUUAUGGCAAGGAAUUACCAGGUUUGUCCCUGCAAGGAUUUUGCACAGAACUGCACACAGAUCUUCCACCUUGCCAGAUCAGUGGUGCAUAUAUUUCCCUCUUGAGAAGAUGUCACAAAUGCCAGAGAUUUUUCUGACCAGGCAGAGAAAUCUGUAUGUAGAAGCAGUUCCUUUUUGGGCAGAAGCUGCAUAAUUCUUAGUCUAGGUAAAAAUCUCUUCUCUCUGAGGUUUUUUUUUUUAACCUGCUUUCUGUACAUGCAUGCUCUAGGAUGCUUUGAAAUUACAGUGAUCAGCUCUUUGGGGAAAUGCUGACUGGGGAUGAUGGUAGUUGAAGUCCAACAUGUCCAGAAGGAUACCAGGUGAAGAAAGGUUGACUCAACCUCUGGCAGUGUGUACUGUCUCAUGGUGCGCCAGGGCAGCAUAGAACAAAAAAGGUGGUCAGAUCUAGAUUGCCUUUGCAAUUUGUGCACUUCCCUGUCCAGUUUAACAGCCUCCAAAUGAAGCUGCCCAUUCCCCCAAGGGAGAAAGCAAGGGGUCACGUUUUGAGGCUAAGGGUUGCUCAAAAUAUCUCCCGUUGACAUUAAGAUUUUAACCAGGGAACACCCAAAGCUUAGAUUCCUAUAAAACAGAACUUCAAAAAUAGAACUGCGUUUUAUUUGUUUGUGGACUGAUUGGAACCAUGGAGAGCAACAUAUGAUUCUAUAUAUAACCAAUGUCCACUGGUUGACCUCCUGCACCGUUCAGUUAGGAAGCCCAAAGAGCUUUCCUAGCAAUUUCUCCCCCUUCUUUCAAGUUCACCAUUUAUGAUUUCUGAACAAGUAGCCUGAAUAUAGCAUUUGGAAUGGCGCACUCUUCUAGACCUGACUUGUAUCAGGUUGUGAUUAGGUGAAGACCUGGGACAACUGGUCAGCCAUACAAAGGGAGGGAGGGCCACCCAAACACUUUAUUUCUCCCAUCCCAACCUCUCCCCCAGUAGCCCUGCCAAAUCCUUUCACAUCAAGAUGAAGGUAGGUAUUUCUUUCCAAUUUAAUUUAAAAGGCAAACAAUUGAGUUCACAAAAGGAUAGGAAUGAUCAGGAGGGAUCCUUCAGAAAGUCCUUUUGCUUCUCAGCACCACAUCCCCCAAUGGCCUUACUACAAUCCCAGUGGAUGUGGACCCAGUUAAAAUACGUACCAAAAAUUUCUCAAACAGGCCAUCAGAAUCGUGUUUAAUCUGGACUUUCUGAGGCUUACGCUCUCCAGAUGUAGUGAGACCACAACUCCCAGCAUGUCUAGAGAAUGGCAUCUUAGCACAUCUGGAGAGUGGAAGGCUGGUGUAGUCCUUGAAGUUAUCUGGGACAAAAAGAAAUGGUGUCUGAAUGUAUGCAGAGUGGCCCAAUGAACUAGCUCUGAGAUUGUAGUCCAGUAUGUAGCAUGUAUAAACAUCUAGUUGCACUUAGUGAUUACUCCCAAAAAAAUUGUCAUCACUUUUUUCCUCCUGUUAAAUGUAGUGUAUUUCUAGAAGCUGUGAUAGGCCUUUAUGGUCCUUGACUUCGUUACUGUAACUUUUUUUUUCUUCACAAUUUGUGAAAUAUAGAGCUGCAGCCAGAAGUGAGGUGGGAUUAUGUCCACCUUCAGUUGUGUACUGUGUUAUGGCUGUACGUAGACUAAGCUUAUGUUAUUUAGAAUUUCCACAGCUGUAUUACGUGUGUGUCUAUGGGUUGUGUUUGUGUGUGUUUUGGUCUGUGGGGAGAGAAUGAAGAUGUGUCUAUGGGUUUAAGCUUUUUAGGGUUUGGUGUUUCUUAUUUUGUUUUUGAUAAGUGACUCGGUAACCAUAACCAUUUAAAACUGCCCUUUCCUGUUAAUUUGAGAUCAUGUCUUUAGUAUGGGUAGCAUGAACUUAUGUGUAUGGGAGAGACAAAUUUAUUCACACCACUCUAAACAUGUGGGAAUGGUUGGUUAGCAGUAUAAGGAUCCAGUUAGAGAAUUUAAGUAGCAUUAUCUCUUCAUCCUUGCUCAAAAAUGUUUAGGGAAAAUGCAGGUCAGCAUGAAUUGAUAUCUCAGCUUCUGCUAGCAUUUAAGAGAAACCACAGUACUGGGUGGAAAAUGUCCAAGCGUGAACACCAUAGGAAAGUGGUCCAUUUCCCUUUUCAUCCACUGUCCAAAGUUUAUCCCUCGGAAGGAGAAGAUUUGUUUGUGGGAAGAGCAACACCUCUAUGUAUUUUCAGUUUUUCCUGUAGCCAGCAGUAAGGAAGCGGACAAAAAUCAAAAUACAUCUUUGAUUGAAUACAAGAAUAUAAACAGAUGCUCCAAUAGUGGAUCAUCUGAGUGGGCCAUAUUUGGCCCAUCAGUUGCUUGUAACUGACCAACAGGCUUUUCCACCACAUAGUUUAAUGCCAGUAAAGAGAGAGAGAAUGGGAGGAAUGGAUUUUUUUUGUGUUCAUAUAGUCUUGGAAAACUUUUAUUCUGUUACCUCAGGACAUGUUUGAAGUUAUUCCAGAGCAACACACAGUUGACUGAGGUGUCCCUUUCCUACACUCCAAAAUAUAAAUAUUUUAUCACAGGAAUAACUUAAGCAUUUGUGGGCUUUUGAUUACCCUUAACAACACCAGCAAAAUAAAACUAGCAACACACA